CAUUAUAGUUUUCAUGCGGGUGGCAACUUUUCCCGCUACACAGUUGAUUGAAGAGAAGAAAGAAAAAAGUUGUUUAUACAACGUUGGCAUCAAAAAAAACACACAAAACGGCCUAUCAAUAAAGUAAAAUAGUAUUACAGCGUAGCGCAUUUAAUUAACAUGUCCACAAACGACGAUGCCAGUGGUAGCAAACAAGCGCGUCUAGCGAACAACAACAGUAAUCACAACAGCAACACAAAGGAUUUAAAUGGCAUUGGAGCAGGAGGAGAAGGAGGCGAUGUGGGCAGCAAAUCACGAGACAAAGUGGCGCUGAUAACGGGCAUAACAGGGCAGGAUGGUUCAUAUCUCGCUGAGCUACUGCUCAAAAAGGACUACGAGGUGCACGGCAUUAUACGGCGAGCCAGCACCUUCAACACGACACGCAUUGAGCAUUUAUACGCCGAUCCUGCCGCACACAAAGGCGGUAAAAUGAAGCUGCACUAUGGAGACAUGACGGAUAGUAGCAGUUUGGUCAAGAUCAUCAAUAUGGUGAAGCCCACCGAGAUCUAUAACUUGGCCGCACAAUCGCAUGUGAAAGUCUCGUUCGAUUUAAGUGAAUACACGGCGGAAGUGGAUGCCGUUGGCACUCUGCGCAUCCUGGACGCCAUACGCACUUGUGGUAUGGAGAAGUCUGUGAAAUUUUAUCAAGCUUCCACGUCAGAAUUGUAUGGCAAGGUAGUGGAGACGCCUCAAAACGAACAGACGCCGUUCUAUCCACGUUCGCCUUACGCUUGUGCCAAGAUGUAUGGCUUCUGGAUCGUCAUCAAUUAUCGAGAGGCCUACAAUAUGUUUGCUUGCAACGGCAUCCUUUUCAACCAUGAGAGUCCGCGACGUGGCGAAAACUUUGUGACACGCAAAAUAACACGAUCGGUGGCCAAAAUCUUACUUAACCAAAUGGAAUACUUUGAGUUAGGCAAUCUGGACUCGAAGCGCGAUUGGGGCCAUGCUGCCGACUAUGUGGAAGCAAUGUGGAUGAUGUUACAACGCGAUACCCCAGCGGACUAUGUGAUUGCCACCGGGGAGACGCAUAGUGUGCGUGAAUUUGUGGAGGCAGCCUUCAAGCACAUUGGUCGUGAGAUUGUGUGGCGUGGCAAGGGCGUGGAGGAAGUAGGCGUCGAGCGCAACUCGGAUAUUGUGCGGGUGCGCAUUAAUCCAAAGUAUUUCCGACCCACUGAAGUGGAUCUGUUGCUGGGCGACGCAUCAAAAGCUAGACGAGAGUUAAACUGGCAACCAAAGGUUAGUUUCCUGCAGCUAGUUAGCGAUAUGAUGGAUGCUGACAUUGAGUUGAUGAAAAAGAAUCCCAUUGCAUAAGGGGCGAAGAUGACGACAUAACUUUUGGCACAAUAUUUAUACAAUAUAUACUAUAAUUAUAUACAUAUAGGAUUUUGUAGGAUACGACGGGAUUUGCAAUCAUUCCUUUUUUUGUUUUUGUCGACAUUGUGUGUGGUAUCUCCUUAAAACUUUCCAUGUUAUUUUGUAGUCUUUUUAACUUAACUAACUAAACAC